CGUUCGACGCGUGUCGUGGCCGUUACGCACCCAAGGCGCACAGUCGAGCCAGACGUGCAGCUCGCUCCGACAUGGCGGCUCCACCAGCCAUCGAUGAUCUUGUCAAGGUCUACAAGCUACAGUAUGCGCCUAGCACGGCGUCAGUGACACUCGUCGAUGCGCCCAAAGCGAUAGGCAGCAGCUCCCUGUCUAAGCCAAGUCAUGGGACACAGCAAUCGUUCGGUGGUUCCUUUCCCGGCAUCAAGAUGGCUGGAAGGCCGGGAUUGCUCAGCAACGACGACCUGGCGCCGCUCAACUCACUCAUCCAAGCUAUGCUGACCAACAACAUUGCCAUCCCUGGACCGCCACAGCCAUCGCAGAACGCUCGCUCCUUCCAGUUCAACAAGUUCAAGGAGGAAGGCAACAAGAAGUUCAAGGCAGGCAACAAUGCUGAUGCCAUCAAGAUGUACACACUCGCCGCCGAUCUGGCGAGCUCGCGGCCGCUGUUCGAGAGCAGUCAGUACAUCCGCGAAGAGCUCAGCGUCGCUCUCAGCAAUCGCUCUGCUGCCUAUCUCAACGCCGGCCAGAACGUCGAGGCACUCGCCGACGCAGAAACGGUCAUCAAGCUCAAGCGCAACUGGGACAAGGGCCACUUUCGCAAAGCGAAAGCCCUCGUGGCUUUCGGUCGCCUCUUCGAUGCCCGCGAUGCACUCUUGCUCGGCCUCGAGUUUGAACCCGACAAUGAAUUGUGCAACGCCCUAGACACGCUGGAUAAGCAGAUCAUGGCACAGCACGAAACAGCGCCGUAGAUUGCGAAAACGAAUGAUGUGUAUGUUGUCAACAACAGUCUGCACGCAAAAGUGUCCCGCAAGAAAGCAGCCGGGUUGCUAUGCCUUGCUGUCCGCAUUCGCUCGAGCUGCACGCGAUCUAGCGACGUGUACCAGACCAACGCCUUCCUCCAGGCAUUCUUCGCCGCUGCGGAAGAUGCGCAAGAUUACCCCGUCGGGGAGCGCUGCUUCUGCAUCCGCAACGCGGACGUAAAAGGCGUCAAGCUGACGUC